CUGGUAGAGGAUGUUGCUAGCAGCCAGGGUAGAUGCACAGCCUUUUUCACAACAAUAACAUCAACCAAAUUCGCGUCUCCACGGACCCGCUAUAAGGAUUAUUCUUUCGGAACACUACCGGAAAACGUGCAUUGGACCGAAGCACGUCGGAUUUGUUUGUGUAUUGGUCGGCUUCAGGUUGUGUUGACAAUGGGAGCGGAGGGGUUUGCAGAUUUACUGGGCUCCUUUCUGCAGGAGCAGAAACAAGAAUCAUGGCUGGCCAGCUAGGCCGCGGGAGGAUUUUGUUGCUAACAGCAGCUGUCUGUUAUUAGAGGAAAUUGUAUGUAGGCUUGACGCCAGUAUUUUAUGAUUGGUGCUAAAAACAAAUGUUAUAGUUACAGGAUUUAAGCGGGGUUUUCUCGUCUUUUUUUGGGCCCGCGACACAAGCUAGUGAGCCCGCUAGCUUCACAACCUUGACUGGCUGACGUCUUGCUUUCGUAGUUAGCUCUGUUAGCCGGCUAACGGGAGCUAGCAUCGCUUUACCAGCCAUCCACAGCUUAAAAACACUUGGAAAAGGACAUUCACUGUGGGAUUUACUCUCAUCUUUGCGUGCCGGGUGGGCAUUUGUAUCACAGUUUCUUUUUGCACCGUCUGCUGCUGGAUGAAUGUGGGACAAAAUGGAGACCCCGACGAUUGUGUACGAUCUGGAUACCUCUGGGGGCUUAAUGGAGCAAAUCCAAACACUGCUAGCGCCCCCGAAGUCUGAGGAUGUGGAGAAGAGGAGUCGGAAGUUAGUGAGGGACGUCCGGAGGAGCGGCAGGGCCACCAACCACGACACCUGUGAUAGCUGCCGGGAGGGGGGAGACCUGCUCUGCUGUGACCACUGCCCAGCAGCUUUCCACCUCCAGUGCUGCAACCCGCCUCUAAGUGAAGAAAUGCUUCCUCCAGGGGAAUGGAUGUGUCAUCGCUGUAAUGUUAGAAAAAAGAAACGAGAGCAGAAGUUGGAGCAGACAAAUGGUUUACCAGAGAGGUCCUCAUCUAAGCGCUCUGGAUCUCCAGCUGUCGAACUGGAGCUAAACGCCGGCCCUCUGCGGCUUGAUGGCCUGCCUCCAGGUGCCGGAGCAGCAGGACCAGGUCUACGAGUGGCUCAGGUUCGCCUCUUGGACCGCAGGACCAGCAGCAGGCCGAGCAGCCGGCCCGGGACGCCCAACUCUAACACGUCGUCCACUCCAACUCCAUCAGAGGAGCAGAACGAUGGCGAGGAUGAGGCUGCAGAGGCUGAGGAUGACAUUCAGGGUGCUGACCUGGAAGGUGCUACACUAUCUGCUCCGACGUCACGCCUCCUCAAGAGACCUUUUCAGUUGCUGAUAGCAGCUGCCAUGGAGAGAAACCCGACACAGUUUCAGCUGCCCAGCGAGCUCACCUGCACCACUGCACUGCCAGGCAGCAGUAAACGGAGGAGAAAAGAUGAGCUGCUGGGGAAGCCGUUCAGGAGACCUCAGCAUGAACUGGACUCUAAUGGUCUGGUUCCUCUACCUGUCAAAGUGUGCUACACAUGUAACAGGAGUUGCAGGUUGGCUCCGCUGAUCCAGUGUGAUUAUUGUCCCCUCCUCUUCCACAUGGACUGUCUGGACCCUCCUCUCACAGCUCUACCUGCCGGAAAAUGGAUGUGUCCGAACCAUGUUGAGCACUUAGUGCUCAAUCAAAGGACCCUUAGUCUAUCCAGCCGAUGUCAGCUCUUCGACCAGUUCCAGGACCGUAUGUCCCAGCAUGCUGUCAAGUUGGACUUCCUGCGUAGAGUCCAUCGACAGAAUGCACCGAAUCGACGCACAACCCAUCAGCACACCAAGAAGAGCAUAAAGGUGCCAGAUGCCAUCAAGUCUCAGUACCAGAAUCCUCCUCCGUUACUGCUUCCUGCACGGAUGCGUCAGCUGGAGCUGGUUUGUAGCGGCGUUCCUGACCGUCAGUCCUCAAAGCACCUGACCACAGACACUGAACAGCAGGAGUGGCUUCAGGAUGUCAUCGCUCUGCAGUGCAGCAUCAUGAGACAUCUGUCCAGUAAGCAGAGGUCUUCAUCCUCCCUGCCAUCAGUGACGCCGGCACCAGAAUGGAGUUCUGAGCAGAAAUCCAGCUCUAAAUCUUGUGUUACAUCAGAGGAUGUGAAAAAUAAAGCCCCUAUAGGCAGGACUUCCUCCCUUGAGCCCUGCUCUAAACCCUGCAGUACACCUGACGACACCCUGUCGGAGCUGGCUGUUUGUAAAUGCAACAUGAUGCCGUGUCUGAACUGUAGGAAACCUAACGGACCUCUGACAGAGGAGCACCAGCCUUCCAAAGCUAAUGGACCUGUAGACUGUAGCCGCUCCUCAGACUCCUGCAGGCAGGGGGAUCUGCAGCACAGACUGAAGCCUGUCACUAUACCCUCAGACGCCCCAGCCUCCGGGCUACCCAACCAUAUACGAGCAGAAAAUGUUAAAAAGGAGGUAGAGAGCACAACGGAGGCCUGCGCUCAGAAAAUCUGCCCCACUGCCCCAACGAUAUGGCCUCCCAGUGGACAGCAGAACCACAGGAACCAGACAGAGGAGAGCAGUGAGGAAAAACCCUCCAUCACCAGCAGUGCCCGCCCAGUUACACCACCUAAAGGAGACAAGGAUCACAGCCAGAACAGGCUGGGGGUGACGCCACCCACCCCAGAGUUAAAAGCUGGUUCUGGGCUGAUGGACUCACUGCUGCCUGGGGCUCUGUCCUCCAUCGCAAACCUGUCCAGCUGCAUGAAGGAGGGGAAGGAUGAGGAUGGAGCAAUCGAGCUGGACAAACUGGAUGCAGAUAUGAUCAAACUCCUCGCCUGGCAGAGGAUCCAGCAGCUCUUUCCUCCCAAAGUGGCCCCCAGCACUCCUCCUCUCCCAGCUCAAAGCGCUGCCAUCAAGACUCCAUCACCCCGGCCCGAGAGUCAGAAAAAGGUGCAGGCCAGAGCCGUCUUCUACCCUUUGACAGGAAAAGGAGGAGCGGUCAGCAUGUGUUACAGGACGUUAUACAUAGGAUCUGGUGCUGACAUGGAUGUGUGCCUUACAAACUACGGUCACUGCAACUUCAUAUCGGGGAAACAUGCCUGUAUUUUCUAUGAUGAGAACACAAAGCAUUACGAGUUGCUGAACUACAGCGAGCACGGCACCACCGUGGACAACGUCCUCUACUCGUGUGACUUCUCUGAGAAAGCUUCACCGUCUCCACCCAGCGGACUUGUGGCCAAAGUGCAAGGCAUCAUACGUCGCAGUAAGCAACGUGACGAUGACGAGGGUCCCAGCUCGGUGGUUGGUUUGCUUCCUGCCGGUGGUGUUAUGAGCAGUCAUCCUCACGGUGGCGCCGAGUCGUCAUGCAGCUGCAAGGCAAGCAGCUCCAGCCUAAUUGGAGGCAGCGGAGCAGGAUGGGAGGGCACCGCCCUGCUUCACCACGGCAGCUACAUCAAACUGGGCUGCCUCCAAUUCGUCUUCAGCAUCACCGAGUUCGCCAGCAAGCAGCCCAAAGAGGAGCAGAACGCCACGCCUGCCGCCAGUUGCACUAGCACCUCGAAUGCCACCAACAACAACACCACCAGCAGCAGCAGCAGCACUACCAGCACCGCUCCCUCCUCCACUCCCACUCCUCCACCCCCCAGUACUGCCACAGUGAGCGGCCCCUCCAGCCAGGGGGAGUCCGACACUGAGACUGUCCCCACCCACCAAGUGCCCGUUCUGCACGCCAAUUCUGAUCCAUAACCUGCACAGGAAGUCCCGCCCUCCCUCCUUUUGUUUUGCACCUUUGGAGUCACGAUGAAGGGAAAGCUGCACAGCUGGUUGGUCAACAGGGAAAAGUUUAUUUUUUUCAUUUUUAAUGGUUUAUAUCUUUGCAUGAACUUGAAGUAUUAUUGACAAUCUCUUCUGUUUUUGAACGACUGACAGUAACCUUCUGUUCACUUCAGAGCGAGCGAACAUUAUUUACCUACGCUCACCUUUCCUUUGCCAGUAUAUUGUUUAUGUAUGGUGUAACAUUAUUUUGUCAGUCAGCUCAUUUAGCACAAACUUUUAUUUUGUAGUAAUGGAUUCCAUACAUUCUAAUUUCUUUUGCUGCUUUUGCACCACAGGUAGCUAUAAAUGUAUGAAAACAUACAUGCUUAUACACUAUGAUAUGUAUAUAUAAUGUAAAUAUAUAUAAUUCAGUGCCUCUCAAUUGGAGAAACAUUGGAUUUCAUGUAGAUUUGCCAUUUUUUGGUUUUUAACUGUACAGCUCAUGAAAUUUGUGAUACCAUGUAGAGUACCAGGAGUUUUGUGAUAAAACACGUUCUUAGUCUGAACUUUCCUCUGUCGUCCAUCUGUAAAUACCGUCUAGUUUUAGCACUCAUUUUAACAUCCUGUGCUGCUCUGUAUAUAAGCACUCUUUGUCUGUACUGCUCGUCUGUUCAAACAUGUAAAUACAGAAAGAUUUUCUAAG